AUGGCUUCCCAUAAACUUUCUUCUCUUGUGUUCUUUCUUUUCUUUGUUAUAGGAAUUUGUUCUGCAGCCAGAAGUUUGACAAGUUCUUAUGAAGGAUAUGGUGUUGAAAAUUAUGGGAAUCGAUAUGGAUAUGAUGGAGGAAAACACGAGGGAUAUUAUGGUGGAAACUAUGGAGGAUACGGCGGAGGUAAACACGAGGGAUAUUAUGGAGGAAACUAUGGGAGAUACGGCGGAUAUAAGCAUGAGGAAUACGGCAAAGAUAAGCACGAGGGAUACGAUGGAAGAAACUAUGGGGGAUACGGCGGAGGAAACUAUGGGGGAUACGGCGGAUAUAAGCAUGAGGAAUACGACAAAGAUAAACAUGAAGGAUAUGAUGGAAGAAACUACGGAGGAUACGGAAGUAAGUAUGAGGAAUACGGUGGAGGUAAACACGAGGAAUAUGACAAAUAUAAACAUGACGGAUACAAUGGAAGAAACUAUGGAGGAUAUGGUGGAGGUAAGUAUGAGGAGUACGGCGAACACGGCUAUGGCCACAGUGGGUAUGCACCAUGA